AUGCCAGCACCAGGCCUCCGGGGCCAGAAGGAGGACUCGGUGGAGGGCGCAGAGAUUGAAAGGGAUUUUGGGGUGCUCAGAGAGAACGGCGCCCCCCGCGGCCUGGGCGAGGCCUCGGAGGCCUCGGCCAGGAAGCGCGCCCGGCCAGUGCGCUCUAAGGCGCGGCGCAUGGCAGCCAACGUGCGGGAGCGCAAACGCAUCCUGGACUACAACGAGGCCUUCAAUGCGCUCCGCCGGGCGCUUCGGCACGACUUGGGUGGCAAGCGGCUCUCCAAGAUCGCCACCCUGCGCCGGGCCAUCCACCGCAUUACUGCGCUCUCCCUGGUGCUGCGCGCCAGCCCUGCGCCUCGCUGGCCCUGCGCGCACUUGGAGUGCCAUGGGCAAGCCGCGCACGCCUGGGCCGCCCGGGACGCAGGCUCCAUUCCACUGCAGCCUGCACCAACACAGGCCGGGCUUGGCCUUGCACGCCGGGACACCGCCUGUCCCUCAGCGCCGACCUCACCGUGCACACAUAUGGGAAGACCCAGGGCCAUGGCGCAGGUGCCAGCUUUGGCCCAGGCCUCUGCUGCAAGCUGGUACAAACGCCCGGGGACGCCAGCUACCUGGCCACAGAGCUACUUGAGAACAGGCCCAGGACUGGGCUGUCUGCACUCCUGA